AUGUUUCGAAAAGUGAAAAACCGUAGUAAUCUUCGUCAACGAGUACUGUCGGACGAUGAUGAUGAUGAUGAUGGUGAUGAUGGUGGUGGUGGUGGUAAUGGAAGUGGUGGCGUUAGUUCCGGAACGUCAGUAGUAUCAACAAUCAAAGGGAUAUCAGUCAGUAAGACGAUCAAACAACAGCAGCACGUGGAAAAGGUGAAUAAAGCAGAAGGGAACCAAGAACCACAGGCUGGUGUGCUAACAGAGGAGCACCACUUGCUCAGUUUUGAUGAUUUUGAAGGCGAUGACAUAACAGACUUCAAAAUCAAACGGAAAGAUCCUAGCAAGCGUUUAGAGAAGGUGACAAAAAGAGCAAAAUUGCGGCAAAAAGUUGAGGAUGAAAUUACGGAGCAGGAAACCAGAGUAGUUGUCAAACAAAUUAAGCAAGAAGUAAAAACGAAUGAACCCUCAGUCGGAAAUGUUAAUACUCACAGCAGUCAACAAUGGAAAACGAAGAAUGAAUCCGAACUAGAGGAAACGGGUUUGGUGCAGGAUUCGGUCAUAAGAAGUAAAUUUCCAUCUGCGUUUCGAGGAGAAAUUCCGGAUGCGAAGACUGUUUAUGAAGCGCGAAAGAAACGAGAGAAAAUGCGUUUGGUCGGUUCUAAUGGACAAAUUCCACUAGAUGACGUGCAACGGCUGAAGGAUAAAUCCGUUGCACGAUCACGGUUAAUACGUGAAGAUGAAAACGAUCUAAGUGAUGAAGACCCAGAAGGUGGAAGAUUUUAUUCGUUAAAAGGUUUGGCGGCUGAUGAUGAUGAACGACGCCGAAAUGAACAUAUGGAGUUUCUCGCUCAUGAAGGAGGAGGUAGUGAUAAUGAUCGUGAACAGUCGGAUGAGGAAGUAACACGAUGGGAAAGAGAACAGAUGAAGAAAGGAGUAUCAUCACAUAAGGUGGAAAUGUUGGAACGUGAACGUGCAAGAAUGGAAGCAGUGAUGAAAGCGAUAAGAAGUAGUAUGGAAUUCCCAUCCGAAAAUCGGGAGCAGUUGCCGAUGGAAAUGGAUAUAGAUUUUGCUGAAACUGAUAUGCUUUCAGUGUCGCAGGCCGGACUAGUAUCUGGUCAAACAACAACUGUAUCACUCAAGGAAAUUCUUUCAAAAUUGCAGCAGCGCAAGAAAGAUGGCAAGGAAUCAGUAAAUGCUCGUGAAGCGGAGUAUGAAAAGAUAAACAUGCAGAUUCAAGAAAAUAAGGAAAUGAUUGGCAAGCUUGAGAUGGAAGAACCGCGGAUCAGGGAACGUUUCCAGGUUUAUCAGGAUAUGCGGGCAUACACCAGGGAUUUGUUGGAAUGUUUGUCAGAUAAAAUAGGCGAAGUUAAAGAUUUGGAAAAUCGAAUGGCAGAGAUUCUAGAUGGGCGGGCUCGAAGACUUCGAACACGAAGAAGAAAUGAUGUACAUGAUAUGUAUGAUGAAUGCUCAGCAGCUGCCGCUGGUCGACCAUUGCACCAACGAGCUCCCGAAAUCAGCCAAAGGGCAGCAGAACGCGAAGCAAGAAGGUCGCGCCGCCGUCGCAUGCGUGAGAAUACUUUAGAAGGUGUUUCACAUGAAGAAGGCUUAAGUACAGAUGAUGAAGAAACAAAUAGUGAGAUUGUGGCUCGCCAACAAUCGAUCGAUGAAAUCCGUGCAGCAGCGAAUGUCGUAUUCGUUGAUGCACUUGAUGAUUUUUGUCGUAUCGAUCGAAUUCUAUCAAAAUUUGUUGAUUGGUUAGUACAUGACGAGGAAUCCUUCACGAACGCUUAUAUUCAGCUAUGUAUUCCAAAGCUUAUCUCAUUAUUUAUUCGCUUGGAACUUAUUGAUUGGGGACCACUUGAGAAUGACAGUCGUCCAGUGAAUUCGAUGCGCUGGUACGAAAAUUUGAUAACAUGUGCCGCAACAAGCUCUAAUAUUAUUGUUGAACACCCUGUCGUUUCCUCAUUUGUACCUCUCUGCAUUGAGAAAGUUCUUUUAUGGAAAAUUACAGAUCUGAUCCGUGAGCGCUGGGACCCUCUAUCGCAACACCAGUGUCGAAAUCUGGGUUUUUUGCUCAAUCAGCUGAUUGAUGAGUGUCCAACGCUAGUACCAAAUAGUCGGCCAGUGCAAAAACUUUUACAGACUAUAUGUCUGCGAGCUCAGGAUGCUAUCGAUGAAGAUUUAUUUGUUCCCAUUUAUUCGAAGCAAGCUGUUGAAAAUCUUGCCACCGGCUGUAAGGCAUUCUUGGAUCGACAAACUUGGACUUCUGUUAAGCUUAUUCGUUGUCUGAACUGUCUCUCUGGAGUUUUAUCUGAGGAAAAAAUGCGAGAAUUGAUUCUGGAUGGUAUCGUAAACCGAAUGAUGCCCGCUUUACAAUGCGCAGCAAUAUCUGAUCAGUCCAUGAUCCGGAAAUGUCGAGCUUUGAUGAAGUUGGUUCCAGCGUCAUGGAGGGAAGAUAGCACACGUAUUGCUCUACGAAAUUUCAACGAUUUGUUAGGGAAAGUUGCCGAAGAACAUAGAAAUAAUAGAAAUAUGAAUUGGUCUCGAACUUUGAUAAUUAUUGAACGGUUUGAACGCGUAACUAGACUGAAUCUUCAUGAGUUGCAGUUACUUCUUCUGGAUAUUGAUGAGAACGGCUCACUGUUGGGCUCCAAGAACAUGCGAGCUGCUUCACAAAAGAUUGAUCAAUUGUUGGGUAAUUUGCAACAGGGAGCUAUCAAUGCGCUGAAUGAAAUUGCUGCUGCUGAAACACCAGAAUGGACGAAUAUUUAUGAUGACUUGUAUGAGAAGUCUUUGUUGGCUGAAACAGCAAAAGGAGACGAAUUGCAAGAAGAGAAACAAAUAAGAAUAAACCUAUUGCUUUUACAAGCAAAAGAAGCUAAGACAAAUGCCAUAAAAGAUGCCGAAGAUUUGAAUGAAAUGAUGAUGCAACUUGCUCAGCUUGUUCAUAUACAGCACGAUGUCGUUGACAGUAUUGAAGAACACAUCGAAAAAGCUCAGACGCACAAACAAUCAAGUAUACCAGCAACUGUUGGUAGUAUUGCAAUGGGUGGCCCUGUAGGGUUCGUUGCGGGUUUCACAGUUGCCGGUAUUUUCGCCGCUUUUGGGGGCGCUGUUGCUGGUGAGUUUUACCCUUUCUUCGCCGAUUUCAUUUUGUAGAGUUUUUUCUUUUUUCUUUUCGCGUCUCUCAGUUGUGAUGGAUCUUAGCUGAUAGAUAAACAAGUGUUUUAGAUGGUUAGAUAGCAGAAAUCCGCUUCAUAAGGUAAAGGCAAUCAACCACUGAAUGAGUAAAGCGCACUAGGGCCCUAGAAAUUCCGAUCCUAUGGCCUUUUCGUGACACCGCCUCACUCAUUCUGCUCUGAACUAUUUUUAAGGUGUGUAUAGUGGGAAUUAUUUU